AUGCCGACAAACCGGCUCACGGCGUUCCAGCUCUUUUACAUACUGAUCCUUGACGGCGUCGGCGCCAUGAUGAUCUCGGCCGGCAUCAACUUUGCCGCAGCCUACGCCAUGUACACGCAUAACUGGGAGUCGGAUCCCACUUACGGUACCGGCUCUCCUCCGCUCUUCCUCUUUUCGUUGCCAACCUCCUUGGUCGGGGACGCAGCCAUCACCACCAUCAUCCAGUGCAUCCUCACCUGGCUGAUCCCUCUUGUCCUCGUCAACCUGGACCUGGCACAGGGGAGGGUGGCCCCGAUAGGCUUCGUCCCUGAACCAACGUCGCGAUGGGUGAGGUGUCUUUUUCUGCUGGACCAGCACCAGCGCGAACCCAACGGCGAGCGCAAGCGCCGGGGGCAGCAAGAUCAUCGCCCAGACGACCCGGAGGUCAACCCCGACGAGGAAACCGAACUAACCGCCCGCCACCCCACUGACCACAACACUGCCAACAGCGGUACCAAGCAGCAGGGGAUAAGCGUCAUCACCACCACCGCCGUCUGCGCAUCCUCCCCUUUUCGGUCUCCAUCCCCGUCCUCUCCCUCACGCUCCCCGCAAUCACCGGACUCCAACCACAACAAGAACAAGACGAUCAGCAACCGCCACCACAACAGCAACAACCUCCUGAGAACCUUGUGCAGCACCCUCGCACUAGCAGGCUAUCCGCGCGGGGCGGGAGUAACGGGACUGGCGUGGUUUGUACUGGGCCAGCUCGGACGGGGCUUGCUGCUGGCGGUGGGGGCGUUUGGGGUGCUGAUAGGGCCGACGAUCGGGGUGCUAGCGGCGACGGGGACGCGGUACGGCGGCGACUGGGUGUUCCCAGGGGCGUGGGCGGGCCCCGUGUUCAAGCUGGUCUACGGCGGCGUGUUGGGUCUGCUGACGUCGCCCGCCGUCGCGCUGUUUUGGAUGGUCAGGGCCGGGUGGCUUGCCAAUCGUAUUCGUCGAGACUGUGGAGGUGUUCUUCGAGAACCAUGA